AUGGCGGAAAGUGAUCCGAGCCAGCAGCGGCCCGCAAGGCCUACCUGCAUCGCCCCUGCCUUCACUUUCCUACAAAAAAUCCUAUCUCAUGCACCCAACACCACCCCUCUUCUCGCGUUCUUAUUCAUCUUUUUCGUUUCGGCCUUAACUCUCCUAAUCCUCACUGCUCUCGCCCUCUCUGUCACCGUUCUCGGGUUCAUCUUUUUUACGCCAUUGGUUCUUUUUACUAGCCCCAUUUGGCUCCCCGGAUGCACCUUGCUCUUUCUCACCGCUGCCGGCUUCUUGUUGGCGUGCGGCUUCGGAGGCGCCGUCGCGGCUGGCUCCACUUGGAUGUUCCGCUACUUUUGGGGCAUGCACCCACCUGGGUCCAACCGGGUUGGUUCUGCACGAACCCGGAUUUAUGACACGGCUAGCCAUGUCAAGGACUAUGUUGGAUACUUGCAAAGCAAGGUCAGGGAUGUUGCUCCUGGUGCAUGAGCAAUGGAUUUUCCCCUUCUUUUAUUACUUAUAUUUGUGAUGAUGGUGGUUUUGUGUGUUUGAGUAAAAAAAAAUGUUGUUGUUUUCAAUUGAUUAUUUUUUUUUAUAAUGGAUCGGAUAUGUUGAUUUGUAAUAUUUAAGAUAGAAAGGUAUUGCUUGGUUUCAUCGAAAAGCUUAUAACACUGACUGAAUUUUCAAAGUUCA